CUCUUGCCCAAUGGCAGAGUGAGUUUCCUUUGCAAGGUUUGCUUUGCUGCAGGAAAAGCUUGAAUUGUUCCUGCUUUGAUUAUACAACAAGCAGCCUUUGGUUAUGCAAAAGCAGCACCUCGUGGCUCAGCUAUGCCGGAGGGUCCAGAGCUGUUCCUAACCAGCAGGUACAUCAACGCGGUGUGCAGAGGACUGGUUUUUGCUGGGAAAGUGGAGAAGUCGGAGGUGAGCAAGAACCCGGCCGUGCCCUUUGAGAGCGAUGGGUAUGUGGUCUCCUCCACGUCUCGGGGGAAAGAGCUGAAGCUGACCCUCGCCCCGGUCAAGCGGGAAAAGGGCCACUCUCCCUCCGGAGACGGGAUCCGUCCAAACCGAGACCCGAAAGCCAUGGACGUCGUCUUCCGUUUCGGGAUGUCCGGCGGCUUCAAACUGGUCCCGGUCGCCGAGAUGCCCAAGCACGCCCACUUGCGCUUUUACUCGAAAGAGAAACCGGUCCGAGUCCUUUGCUACGUCGACGUCCGGCGCUUCGGCCGAUGGGAGGUGGACGGCGACUGGCAGGCGGAGCGAGGCCCCUGCGUGAUGCUGGAGUAUCAGAAGUUCAGGGAGAAUGUGCUGAGGAACCUCUCCGACAAAGCCUUUGAGAAGCCCAUCUGCGAAGCUCUGCUGAAUCAGAAAUAUUUCAACGGCAUCGGCAACUAUCUCCGGGCAGAAAUCCUCCACCGGUUGAAGAUCCCUCCCUUUGAAAAAGCUCGGACCGUUCUGGAGGAGCUGCAGCAUCAGGAAAAGGCUUCUGACCUAACACUGAGCAAGAAGGUGAAGCUGAAACGGGAGAACCCGGACUUGUUGGAGCUCUGCCACAUCGUGCCAAUGGAGGUCAUUAAUUUGGACAGCGGCAAAGGUUACUAUUCGGAUCACCCGGAGGACCACACGGCCUUUGAAAAGUGGCUUCAGUGCUAUUUCGUCCCAGGCAUGAAAUCCCUCAGCGAUUCAAAUGGCAGGACCAUCUGGUUUGAGGGGGAUCCUGGACCGAUGGCCCCAAAAGGAGAUAAACCGCGCAAGAAACGGUUGCAGGUCAAAGCGAUUCCUGAAGUGUCAAAGGAGAAGCCAGGCAGGAAACGGCUGCAAGUUAAAAACGAUCCAUUAAGUCCCAAGAUAAAGAAGCCAACAAUGGCAAGGAAAAAAUCCAAGACCAAGACUCCUCCCAAAGUGGCCGAGGAGACGAAGAGGCCUAGGAGGAAGCCGGGGACCAAAACGGCCAAAGAAAGGGAAGAUGCGGCCAUGGCCAAUGGAACGGGGACGCCCAAGACCAGGCCCAGGAGAAAGAGCUCCGUCCUCCAAGACUCCCCGGUGACGGACUCCGGAUCCAGGAAAAAACAGGCCUCUACUCGGAAAAAGAGGGCUAAAGCAGCUGCUGCUACGACACGAUCCAGGCGGGUGAAAAUUGAAUAACGCAGAAUAAUAUUUUCAAGUAUUGUGCCUUAUGACGAUCUGUUCUGGAUACAGCGGUGGAUAAAUGCCCUGAUGUUGCUCCCAUUGCCUUCUGCAGCUGGUGGCACUCAAGAAACGUCUGGAGGCAUCAGGAUGACAAGCUUCUCUUUGCUUGGGCUCUUCUGUCUCCUUAAACGCAGUAGGAUUAGCGGCCAAAGCACUUUCUGCCAACUGCUUUCUGCAAUAUUGCUGGAGUAUCAAUAGAGCAGACCAUGCAGGUGAAAAGUUAGUGGAAGAUCUUCCUGCCAUGAAGCUUAGAUCUUCCAGAUCAAACAGCAUUAACAGUCUGCUCCAAUAUGCCUUACAUAAAAAUAAUUGCACCAAUGCGUAAUAUGCAAGAAGACCCAAACUUGAUGGUACUGUAUUGCAUCUGACCAUUUUCAUCUCCCAAACAAAUAUAAUUUUGCUAUAUUUUAUAUGAAAUUGGGUCUAUAUUCCUGCCGUCUGAAGAGCAACAGACAUGAUGCUAUACAUUAUAAAAUAAGAUUUGACCCUAUCUCCGUACCGCCUAGACUUGAAAUCGUGGUGCGUUUCAUGAUUACUGGGUUAAAUCGUUUGUAUCUUACUGUCUUCUUUUUGAUACACAUUUUAAAAACGCUAUAUGAUGCUAAUAAAAUUUAUUUUUCCAA